UGGGCAUAAGACACACAUCAUAUUUUUUUUUAGAAAUGGGCUCCCAAGCAAAAACAAGAGAAGAGAUCUUCUUCAUCUUCUUCUUCAUUUAUCCAGGCUAAAAGAUCAGAUUUCUCUACCCCUAAAAAAAUGGUGCAACACAGAGAGCUUCUUUCUUCUUCUUAUUCAAUAUCCAUAGAAAAACACACACAAAAUUCAGGGAACUGGCUCACCUCCUCUCACGCGACUCUAGCGACCUUCACUGACCUCCCAAAAUUCAUCUCACUCACUCUUCUCUUAUAGAUCCUCACCCACACGCAAGAGCAAAAGAAAGGGAGCACUCUCUGAUUUAGAGCACUGAAAUUCCGCAAAAGAAGAAGAAAACAUAAAUAAAAAGAAAGAGGACAGGAAGGAUAUUUUCCGAAUUGAUUGAGUUUGCUGCAGUUUAUCUCCAUGUGUCUGGUUUUCUAAACAUUUUUGGUUAAAAAGCGCUGUUGAUUUUGCUGUUCUCUGCAUAGUGGGACUCUAAUUAGCUGUUCUAGCCUCUAUUUGGCUUUCUCUUCCUCUAAGUUGAAGCUUCGAGCUGUUAGGAUGAGCACAAAUGAAAUUGAACCCUUCACAGCCCUUAAAGAGAUCCCCUUACAGCUCCACAUGUGGUGGAAUGAUCUAGGAAAAGGCAGUAGAGAAACUGUGGUAAAAGUUCUGGGAGGCCUCGUCGGACUGUUGAACAUCAAGCCAAGGUUGGACAUAAUUGAAGCUUUAGUACCUUUUUGGGACCCAACUCGCAAUGUGUUCCGUUUCUCUAACUUUGAGAUCACACCCACGCUAGAGGAUGUUGCGGUUAUGCGGGCCUUAAUGGAAACCUUAGAAGUCGAUAUCCAGUGUCACCAAGACUGGUAUCUCCCCACAAAUUUCUGGAUCUGUUGAGUAUUAGUCAGAAUAUCCAGGAUGGAAGUUUAUCUAAAGGUUAUUGCACUUUCCAGUUCUUGUAUCAACGCUAUGGUAACCCUCGAGGUUUUGAAAAGCCGAACACUGGUGUGACCCAUGCCGGGAAUAAAGACAAAUGUGAGGCAAGGCGGGGUUUUGCUUUUAUAGUAGCAUUCUUGGGUGUUGUAGUCUUCCCGCGAAAAGAUGAUAAUAUAGAGGUAGGUCUCGUAGGAAUGAUCGAUGUUGCAAUCAAGAAAGCCAAUGACACUGUAGUUCCCCUGAUCUUAUCUGAAAUCUACCGAGCCUUGACUAUUUGUCGGGGAGGGGGAAAGUUCUUCCAAGGCUGCAAUCUGUUAUUACAAUUAUGGAUGCAGGAACAUCUCUGCCACCGAGUUGGGUAUAUGAAUUACGGUAUGACCGGUUUGAGUUGCAUUGAAGAAUUUGAAAGCCGAGUAGUGGGUAUUGAAUUCCCCGAGGGGACUGAAGCUUGGCUUGCACAUUUGAGCUCAUUGACUGCCGAUAAAAUUGAGUGGGCAUUCGGAUGGCUUCCUGUCACCGAAGCAGUAUACAUGUCAGCUGAAGUGUGUUAUCUCUUCCUGAUGGGCAUCCGGAGCAUCCAGCCGUAUGCUCCCCACAGGGUUUUGCGCCAAUUAGGAAGAUUUCAAACCGUCCCCCAUGACGAAGAUUUGAGUAAACAUGUCAUUGAAUUGGGCCCAAAAGCCGUAUUUCCAGAAGGGAGAAUUCGCCAUGUGUGGAAUGAAUGUAGAUUUCUUGAACCUAAGACCAUGGUGCGAGAUCUAGCUAGAGGUGAAGUGGACCCUAAGUACAUUGUUUGGUUCGAUAAAAGAUUUCAGAUUCCUGAGAGACCUGCUAAGAGAGCCCAUGUUCAACAAUUUACUAGCGACUCGCAAGAGCAGUGGGGCUGGUUGGCAAAAGAAGAAAGCUAUAGGGCCAAAAUAAGCCAGUUAGAAAGGCAAGUCAUGGACCUUCAGUUUGAAAAUAGUUUGCAAGCCACCACAGAUGAGGGAGAAAAGAAAAAACUAACUCAAGAAACUGAAUCUCAAAGCUCAAAUCAGGAAGAUGAAAAUAGCUGCUAGAAACCCGGAAAGAAGCCGAGCAGAUGAAAGGCUUAUAAGCAGUCUGAAAAAGAAAGCCCUUGAGUGUCAAGAUGACCUAGAAAAGUCUGAGGCCAAUCUAGCAAAAGCCCGGGCUUAAUUAGUGGUAAAUGCAAAAGGUUGGACACAGUUUGUACAACAAAUGAAGAGAAAAUAUGAAGGGACAAUCACCAGUCUGAGAAGAAAGGUAACUACUCUUGAGAAUGAGGCAACCAAGCAGGCUAAAGAUUUCGAAGCUGGCAGGGAACACUGUUAGGAUUUGAUGGCUCAGAUGGAGGAAGGAAUACAACAAUUGCAAAAUCAUCACCUUCACGACUCUCAAGUGUUAGAAGCCAGGAAUCAGCAGGCCGGGCGUCUGCUUCAGGAAAAGGGUAGAAUCCGAGAAAGGGUUAGAGCCAUUGUCGACUACAUUGUUAUGAAAUGCCAAGCAUGUGAGUACAUGACUCUAACCACUUUCUUCGCUGCAGUGAGGACAUUUGUCCGCCAGAUAAUGAGUGAUUUGGAGCGACUUCAAGGGGAUCUCGCAUAUAGGCCCGUGGCGGGACCGAAUGAUGUCCCACGGGCCCAGGAGUCGAAGCCUUAAUGUAUUCCUGAUUUUUCAUUUAUCGAGUAUGUAUUUUGGUUUAUUUUGAGUUUGUUUGCAGUUCCAAGAAAAUGAGUAGUUUGAAGUCCUUUGUAAUAGAAAAGUUUAGGAGUUUUUAUUAUUAAAAAUCGAAAAUACCCAAAAAAUAAAAUAAAAUAAAAA